AUGGGCGUUUGCCAUUCUAAGGCAAGAUAAGAUAGAUAAGAUAUUUAAAAGCAACCUUCUACAAAAAAAUAAGAAAACUUUGAAGUAGGUCCAGAAAAUUUUGUAACACAAAAAUAAGGAUAAGUUACAAGCUAUUAUCGAGUUGAAAAAUCGUUAGGAAAAGGUAAAUAAUUGAUAAAUAGAAGGUGCUUAUGGAGAAGUACGAUUAGUAAUACAUAAGUAAACAAAUUAAAGAAGAGCUAUGAAAUAAAUAAAGAAAGAUAAAAUUGUAAAAGAAGAUGAGGAAACCUUAUUGGGAGAAGUCACAAUACUAAAAUAAUUAGAUCAUCCAAAUAUUGUAAAAUUAUAUGAAUUGUUUGAAGAUAAAUCUAGCUUCUAUUUAAUAACAGAGUAUUAUAAAGUAUAAUUAGUUUAGAUAUUUGGAAGGUGGUGAAUUGUUAUAAAGAAUUUCAGAGUAUAAGACAUUUACAGAAAAAAUUGCUGCAGAAUUUUUAAAACAAAUUUUAUCAGCAGUGAUGUAUUGCCAUGAGAGAAAGAUAGUUCAUCGAGAUUUAAAGCCCGAGAAUAUUUUAUUAGAAUCUAUGAAAUAAGGUGCUAAUCUAAAAAUAAUAGAUUUUGGUACAUCAAGAAGAAUAUAAGAGAAUUAAUUUUUAACAAAGAAAUUAGGAACUGUAUAUAAUAUUGUUAAUCAAUUAAGCCUUAUUAUAUAGCUCCAGAGGUACUUAAAAAAAAAUAUAACGAAAAAUGCGAUGUUUGGUCAUGUGGAGUAAUAUUAUAUUAGAUGUUGAGUGGGUAAUUGCCAUUUGAUGGAUUAUCCGAUGAGAUAUUACUUAAGAUUGACAUAGGACAUUAUGAUUUUCCAAGUAAUUUAAUUAGAAUUAAUAUGAAAUAGAUGAAAAUUGGAAUGGAAUUUCAGAAUAGGCUAUAAAUUUAAUUAAAAAAAUGAUGGAAAAAGAUCCCAAUAAAAGAAUUACAGCAAAAUAAGCAUAUGAAGAUCCAUGGAUUUAAAAUAAUGUGCAUGUUGCAAAAAUUGAUGCUAGAUAACUUAAGAAUUUAUAAUCAUUUUAUGUAUUAAUAAAUAUAUAUUAAGAGUAAAAAUAAAGUUAGAACAGCAUUAAUGCAAUUUAUAACAACUUAAGUUAUGACGAAUUAAGAAAAGGAAGAAUUAAUAACACUAUUCAAAUCAAUUGAUAAAAAUGGAGAUGGUUUAUUAAGUAAGGAAGAAUUAUUAGUUGGUAAAAUGUUAAUAAUAAUUUAGUAUACAGUUAACAAUAUGAUUAUUUAAAAGCAUAGUAAAUGGUAGAUGAAGUAUUCGAAAAAGUUGAUAUUAAAAAAACAGGUGCAGUUGAUUUCACUGCUUUUGUUUCUGCAGCAUGCUAAUAAGAAAAAAUGUUGAAUAAAAUGAAAUUAGAAUAAACAUUUAAAAUUUUUGAUAUUGUAAAAACUUUAAGAAUAAAUUUAAUAGAAUGGAGAUGGUUAAAUCAGUAAAGAUGAGUUAUAAGAAAUAAUGGGUGGCAUAGAUGAUUAAUUAUGGUAAGAAAUUUUAUAAACAUGUGAUGGAAAUGGAGAUGGAGAAAUCUAAUUCGAAGAAUUUAUUACUUAUCUUGUGUAAAAAUAUUGA